AUGUCGGGGACAGAUUUUCACUUCGAGAAGUUUCUGGGGAAAGGCUCCUUCGGUUCGGUGAGUCUCUUCAAGUUCGACGGAAGACAUGACGGCAAGACACGAUACGCCGCCGUGAAAACCUCCGACGGAAAACACGCGGAAGCUCUCUACAGAGAGUUUCGAAUCCUGUCUCAAUUCAAAGGAUGCUCGGGGAUCGUCCAAUGCUAUGGGACCAGAGUGCAACAGAGUCUCAACGAAGAAGGUCAUAGAGAGUACAAGAUCCCCAUGGAGUACGCGUCCGAAGGAAGUUUGAGGAGUUUCUCCGACAAAUUCAAAGACAGGAAGUUACCGGAUCCGAUGAUCAGGAAGUUUACUUGUAUGCUACUCCAGGGUUUGGCAACGAUUCACCAACAUGGAUAUGUUCAUUGUGAUCUUAAACCGGAAAACAUUCUGGUUUUCCCGAAGAAGGACGCGUGGAAUCGGUCUUACGAGUUAAAGAUUUCGGAUUUCGGAUUGUCGGAGAGAGAUGGAGACAGUAACUGGUGGAGCCCUUCUCGUCUGUUCGCCGGAACACCAAUUUACAUGUCUCCCGAGUCAGUUUCUCACGGCGAGACAGGGAGAGGGCUUGAUUUGUGGUCACUGGGCUGUGUUGUCUUAGAGAUGUAUACAGGGAAGAGGCCGUGGUGGCACAAGAACUACGACUUGGAAGAUCUCAAGAACUGUUACGAGCCAUUGAUCCCCAGCGAUCUUCCUUGUGAUGCGAAGCUCUUUCUCAUGACAUGCUUUGCGCCGGAGCCGGAAGAGAGAAAAGACGCGUUGACGUUGUUGAGAUACAGUUUCUUGCGCGGAUUUGUCAACAAGAUCAGAGAGCCUCCGGUGAUUGUGAAGAAGGAGAAACAGAGAGAUCUUGCUAUGGAGUUGAGAUUGAAGAAUAUUGUUAAGGGGCUUUUGGAAAAGAGGAGUAUGCGUGUAACUGAAGUUAGGCCUGGCAAGACUAUCGAGACCUAA